CCUUCCCAAGAUGGCGUUACACCUGUUUCUCCGGCGCUGAUCCUUGUUGUUGUCUGCGCAAUACAAGAAAAACACAGCAUCUGGAGCAGACUGUGAAUAAACUGGCGACGUAGUUAAACAUCUGGAGCGAUCUCCGUCAUCCACAAUGUCCACAGAGGAGCUGUCAGCCUCGGACAGCGAGGCUGUCUUCGCCGGCGCGGGGGAGCGAUGGGCACCGGUCGGCGCUGUGGCAAGUCCCGAGGAUGAGAGCCGGAGCGCCGGGCAGCCGAGGCAGAGGGGCUCGUCCUCGGCCACCGAGGAGGUAAUGGCCGUCAGGCUGGAGAAGCUGAAGGAGGAGCAGGACUUGCUGAACUCCUCUCUCCUCGCCCUCACCUCGCACUUCGCUCAGGUGCAGUUCCGACUGAAGCAGAUAGUUCACGCCCAGAGCGAGGAGAAGGAGAGGAUGCUGGCCGAGCUGGAGGAGUUCGCCUUCAGGGGCUGCCCGCAUGUGGUGGGCUGCAGGGCUCAGGACGCCAAACAGCUGGAGAACUCGAGUGAGAGGGAGAAGAGGGAGCGCCUGGAGGCUCAGAGGGAGAAACAGAAGGAUCUCAUUUUCCAACUGAAGACACAGCUGGAUGAUCUGGAGCGCUUCGCCUAUCAGGAAGGCAGCUAUGACUCGCUGCCGCAGUCUGUCGUCAUGGAGAGGCAGAAGGUCAUCAUUGACGAGUUGAUCAAGAAGUUGGAUGUGAACCUGAACGAGGACAUCGGGAACGCGUCGCCCGAGGAGCUGAGACAAAGAGUGGACGCUGCCAUUGCUCAGAUAGUGAACCCAGCCAGGGUCAAAGAGCAGCUUGUGGAUCAGCUCAAAACCCAGAUCAGAGACCUGGAGAUGUUCAUCAACUUCAUCCAGGAUGAGGUAGGGAACCCUCUCUUAUCAGAUGGUGAACACAGCCAGCAGCCACAAGCAGCAGGCACCAAUGCCAGAACUCCAGGAGUGAAGAAGAAAGUGGACCCAGAGCAGGCCCAGAAGAUGCGAGAGACCGGCCUGCAGCUGAUCCAGAAGGCCCUCGCCGUGCUGCAGAUCUUCGCCGCAAGCCAGUUCGGCUGCGCACCGGGACACAUUCCUCAGAACAUAUGGCCCCAGGAGUCGACAGGGCAGGACUACGGGCCCCUGCUGCAGCGUCUGGAGGCAGCUGUCGAUAAGGUGCGAGUGCUGGGCUCUUGCAGACAGCCCUCCCUCGACCAUGUCGUCAACUACACCAGCAACACGGCGCUGGGACCCCGAGACGAGCUGACGACGACUGUGAGGAAGGAGCUGGCAUUUGCUCUCAAAGACCUGUUGGCUCACGGCCUCUUCUCCCCCUCCCAGACCAUGAGCCUGGUGCUGGCACCCAUCUCCUGCCUGCUGCCUUACAGACCAGCCCCACAGACCAUGCACCCUUGGGAACUCUUUGUUAAAUACUACCACUCCAAAAACGGGAAGGCCUUUGUGGAGUCACCGGCCCGCCAGCUUUCACAGUCCUUCAGCCUGCCUGUAGGGGGCGGCCCGGUGACCGUCACCCCUAAACAGUCCCUGCUGUGGGCCAUUCACACUGUGCUGAAGGAGCACGGACGCUACAAACGGGGACCAGACACAGAGUUCAAAGCGCUGGUGUGCAUGGCUCUGAACGAGCAGCGGCUGGUGUCGUGGCUCAACCUGCUGUGUAAGUCCGGGACUCUGAUACACCCGCACUACCAGUCCUGGAGCUACAUGGCCCAGACCGGCUUUGAAGGAGCGCUGCGGAUCCUGGGCCGCAUCAGCCACCUCAAAUUCAACCUGCCGGUGGACCUGGCUGUUCGGCAGCUGAAGAACAUUAAGGAUGCUUUCUGAGGAGGGACCAAAACAGGCAACAAAUCCAUGAAAAGUAAAGAAACACCAGUCAGAGAAAUCAAGUAUUUUAUCAGCUAAUCUACACUGCUCUUACCUGGUAUUCAGGACCAAAAGCAUGACUUUGUGCUUCAAGUAUUCAACCUUUAUUAAAGGUUAUUUAAGUAGCCACCCAUCUAAAGUAAAGUGCAAGUGUGUGACGUCUGCAGUAAAUGCAUGGAUGAUUAUGUUGUGUGAGCUUCAGCUAUAAGCAUCCAUAAUCUGCAUGUCCCACUGUGUUUAAGAUGCCAAAAUGUCAACAUGACAAAUGCUACUUGUACUGUAAACAUGCCUUAGAAUGGAGAUUGAGAUUACCUCAUCUUUAAGUGAAGCCUUCCUGACCUUUGCAACCUGUGCUCAUCAUUCCCCCCCUGUGUACGUCAUAGCGCCCUAACCUAUGCAGCAAAGAGAGAGGGCGGAUUCGUACAGUAAUCACUACUGUAAUGUAACGUUGUCGCCACUUAAGGCAAUCCAGGAAGACGUAUAAUGAGCAGAAACACCUGUCGAUGCUGUGGCUUCUACACGGUAACCAGGAGCUUGUGAUGUAUUGGUCCUCGUCGGUGCUUGUACUGCUCCAUUGUUCACACUGACUUCAUUAUUUAGGUGGUAAAUCAUGUGUAGCAGUUGAUCGUAAAGCUGAACAGCAGUACUCAGGUCAACUUGAAAUGAACGUGUCUUGCAGUUUCCAUCAUAAUGCACAAAGUUAAAGUGUUGUGUAAACUUAUGCAGCUAUUUUAAUGCGCUCUUGACUCCGUUUUAAAACCUGUGAAGCUGUUUUCACUUCUUGCACGAUUUUUUUCAGGUGUGUGAACAACAAUUAGACCCUGUAUGAACUGCUGCUUUCUCCUAUUCCAGGUGUAGUUUAAAAUUAAAUGACAGUGACAUUGUAUGAUAGGGAUUUAUUUAAUGAUGUAGUUGCUUGCAUCUCAUUAUGUAACAUAAAUGUAGGAUAUAAAAUGUUUAGUUUUUUUCCCGUUUUUCAGAGAAAUUUGUUUUUAUCUUCCUGAGACAGCUGAGUUGCACGUAUGAUAUCCUUAAAUACUGAAUGUACAAACCAUAGAUGCUAUUAAACUGAGGUUAGUUUAUAUCUUCUGUAUGUUUCCCCAUUGUUUAUGGGAUUGAAACUUCAGUGUUCCUGGGCCCACAUGUAUGUAUCAAACCUCUGACGGAAGGUGCGCUGAUAAAAGAUCACUAUAUUUGUGUUUCCUGAGAUAAAAACCUGAUUCCAUAACAGUGCAACUAGAGACACAUUUUAUCGUUUAUUUUAUGUUACUGUGUAAAUGAGACUUUGUGUUCUGUUUGGGCGAUGUGUAGUAAAUAUAAUGAUAUAUUUGGCUUUCUAUUGUCCCAUUUUUCGUUGUGUUUUGUUCAGCUUUUAUGUUGUGAUUUAUGUAAAGAGACAAUUAUUUAUUGGAAAGCAUGUUUUAGAACAUAUCGGAACACUUUGUUAAAGUAGCUGUUGAACUGUAAUUGUUCACAAUAGACACACAAUCAUUUAAAUUGUGCUUUUUAUGUUAUUUUUAUUUUGUUGCUUCAAUCACAAAUUAUAUGUUGGGAUAUGUGAAUUAUGUUUAUUCUUUGGUUUUUAUCAUGUUUAAUGCAUACCUACAGCUGUAAACAAUUAAAUAUAGUAAAAAGAC